UUGCAGUAUAUCCUGCAGUACUGAGUGUACCAUACAUUCAAGUUAUAUGUUUACUUUAUUUAUUUUGUUAUUGAUUCUAAGUCUUGUCUCUAGUUGUUGAAAGCAACAUUAACGGAUUUUAUUUAUUUUAACUUACAAAAUUGUAGUUAAAUUAGGUUUAAUUUGCUUUUAUUGGAAAGAAAUAUGAAGAAAUGAAAAUUGUGAAUGUUUGCAGUUUUACCUAAACAUGUUUUUUUAUUUAAUACACUUUUAAAAAUGUCAAGUACUCCUAUGGAUGCCAAAGAAACCGAGGAAGAGAAACCGUUUGUUGCAAAAUCAACGUCAGACUUACAACGGCUGAAGCUAAUGAAACUUAUGAAAAAUCCUGAAAAGCCAGUUUUAAUACCUGAGAAACCUAAAGCAAAAAACUCACCAUCAAUACCAGAAUUUGUUCGCAAUGUAAUGGGUAGUAGUGCUGGAGCUGGAAGCGGGGAGUUUCAUGUUUAUAGACAUCUGAGACGAAAAGAAUACUCACGCCAAAAAUUUAUUCAAGAGAAAGGCCAAAGAGACCUUCUUGAUGAAGAACAUCAUAAAAAAUUGGCGGAAAAUAAAAAAAAGGCAGAAGAAGCUACAAUGAAAAGAAGAAAUAAACGAUUAAAGAAAAAAGGAAAACUUAAAGAAAUUCAGAUGUUAAAGUUAAUUAAGAAAAACAACGAAGCAGGAAAUAAUUCAAGUGAUUCAAGCAAGUCAGGAGAUGACACGCAAUCUGAAAAUAUUAAUGAAUAAAUUAAAAACAAUUGAGAGCUUCUACAUAGCUGAAAGUUUUUAUAAAAUAGUAUUUAAACUAUGAGUACAAACGCAAUUAAAAAACUUUAUUAAGUGUCGUGUAGGUUAAUAAAUAUUUUUUUUAAAUUUG